AUGCAAUCAGAAGACCCGGAAGAAGAGAUAUUCAUUAGGCUGGGAAGUAGUGGAGGGGAAGGAGAGGGAGAGCAAGGAGGCUCCUCAAGCCCUCCCUGGGAGGCUUCGCUGCAGUUUCGGGCUUUUUGUGGUGGUCCAAGCUGCGGGUUUGGAGGCUUCGGCUCGUCUGGGACCGGCUGCAACGGCACGGCCAGCGUCGUCCGAUGCUGCCAGGUGGAGGAAGGGAACCUGACGUCCGGGGGAUGUCAAGUGAAGACGACGUUCGCCGGUCUCGCCUCGUGCCACGAGGAGAAGCAGUUCCUGCAGGGCGCGUGCACAUCCCUGUCUGGAGGGUGCAGCGGCGCGGCGCAUUCGGUCGAGUGCUGCAACUAUCACCUCGACGGGAAGAGGAUGUACCCGGAGGAGCCACUCACAAGUUGGUCCGUCGACGGAUUCUUCCCCAGCUGUAUGGAUGGGAGGCUCCCGGUGGGGCGCCGCACGUCGGCGGAUCGAUGCGCCGGGUGCACGGUCGAGUCCACCUACCAGUUCACCACUUUGGAGUGCGCCGUCGUGGCCGUAGUUCUGGUUGAGAUUCUUGUUCCAGCUAGCAAGAUUUCAAAGGUGUUGAAAAAGGCUCAUGAUGACCCAUCCAGUGGACAUCUUGGUCAAACGAGGACCCGCGAUCGUCCACGGGGUAGGGCAUUCUGGUUCAGUCUUCAAAAGGUUGAGAUUCUUGUUCCAGCUAGCAAGAUUUCAAAGGUGUUGAAAAAGGCUCAUGAUGAUCCAUCCAGUGGACAUCUUUGUCAAACAAAGACCCGCGAUCGUCUACGGGGCAAACUUGAUGCUGCCGCUAAAAAGGAAAAGAUGGAGUAUGAUUCACACCAUCACAUCGGGACACCCUGGCGGGUAGGAGAUUUUGUUCGUGUGAGGAAUCACAAGGUUCAGAGGGGCCAAUCCCAAAAGUUAACCCAAAAAUACAGUGGAAAUAUCUACCGGGUUGUGCGCACCUCAAAUAAUACAGUCUUGAUUGAGGGUCAUUUACUGGAUCCUGAGGCUAGUGGAGCUGAUUCUGAGGCAGAACCUACAAGGAUCGAGUCAGAAAGUGACCAACCAUAUCACUGCCUAGUUCAUUGGGAAUAUGAGUUUACCCCAGACAGUCAUGGCAACGAUGGUGUUUCUCAUGCGCUGGCAGGUGAUGAUUUAAGCGGGGCAACACUGUGGGGAGUGCCGACAUGGCCGGAAGCGAGGAAAGGGACAGGGGAAGGCGUGCUACGUGGGCAUUGCGGAGGGCGGGUCAGCCCGGCGAGGGUCGUGGUGCAGCCAGUUGCAAUGAUCGGGCCGAGACCGGAUUUGGAGCCCGGUUUUUGCGUUUUCGCCUUACUGGAUCAGGCUGGAGCCCUUUCCAACGCGUCUCACUGA